AUGAUUUUAAAAGGUCUCCUUAUUCUGCUUUUUGUGCUGUCAUUAGCACAGGCAACCUCGCCAAAGCACAUCAUCCACCCCAAGUUUCUACACCUAGAUUGGCCGGCAGAUUGUGGAGUUGCAUUUUUCCAACAAAACACAGCAGGAAGGAUUGUGUCUGGAAAUGAAGUACGCCCGUUCUCCUGGCCUUGGCAGGUUUCCUUGCAGGUUCGGUCUAGAGGAAGUAAGAGGUAUGCUCACGUCUGCGGUGGGACUCUCAUUCACAAGAAUUGGGUUCUCACUGCAGCCCACUGCUUUCAGAAGGGGAAGGCAGAAGAUACCGCCAACUGGAGGAUCGUCCUUGGGAAGCAUAACCUCAACCAUACAGAACCUACGGAAAAAAUUUACGAAGUGAAGCGCAUCUAUAGACAUGAACGCUUUCGCUAUCCCAAUUUGAAUGAGCUGGACUAUGACAUCGCAUUGGUCAAGCCUGUGGGGGACAUACUGCCUACUCACUUUAUACAGUAUGCCUGCCUUCCCAAGAAAGAAAUCACUCUAGGUCCAGGCCAUUUCUGCUGGGUAACCGGAUGGGGAGACACCAGAGGUGGAAAAGAAAACCUGACACUGUCAGAAGUGCUUAACCAAGCCAAGUUGCCCAUCAUUGACAACAAGACUUGCAAGCAGAAAAAAUUCUGGGGAGAAAGAGUUCGGGAGUCAAUGAUUUGUGCAGGUUUCCGAGACAUUGGAGGACCUCCUGCUGCUUGCCAGGGAGAUUCUGGAGGGCCACUCGUCUGUCAAAAUGGAAGAGAGCGGUGGGAAGUCCAUGGGAUAGUCAGUUUUGGACCCAUUGGUUGCACGGUGGAGAACAAACCCAGCGUUUUCACUAGGACUUCAACCUAUAUUCCUUGGAUUGAGACCACAAGAAUCCGUGACUUCUUCCUACACUAAAGGCAGAAGCAGGAGCUCAAAUGUGGCAGCUGUUCAAAUCUUGGAUUGUAAAAGGGAUUUAUGCUUAUUCUUCAUAGCAGGGAUUUAGUCUUAUCACAUGGCACAGCUUGUGCAUACAACAUCUUCAGCAUUGUUAGAUUAGUGUGCAAUCCAGUAGAUACUUGUUUCUGAAGUCAGCACAGACAGAAAUGGGCAGUUGG